CUUCCUGGAGGGACUAUGCUUGUACAGGGUCCCCAGAGGAGGCUGCUGGGCAUCCUCAACUCCACCUCUGCAGCCACCCCUCACCUCAGGCUGGCCACCAACCAGACUGGCCCCCGGUGCCUGGAGGUGUCCAUUCCUGAUGGGCUCUUCCUCAGCCUGGGGCUGGUGAGCCUGGUGGAGAACGUGCUGGUGGUGGCCGCUAUCGCCAAGAACCACAACCUGCACUGGCCCAUGUACUUCUUCAUCUGCUGCCUGGCCGUGUCCGACCUGCUGGUGAGCAUAAGCAACAUGCUGGGGACAGCCGUCAUGCUGCUGCUGGAGGCGGGCGCCCUGGCUGCCCAGGCCCCCGUGGUGCAGCAGCUAGACCACGUCUUUGACGUGCUCAUCUGUGGCUCCAUGGUGUCCAGCCUCUGCUUCCUGGCCGCCAUUGCCGUGGACCGAUACAUUUCCAUCUUCUAUGCUCUGCGAUACCACAGCAUCAUGACACUGCCCCGGACAUGGUGGGCGAUCGCAGCCAUCUGGGUGGCCAGUGUCAUCUCCAGCACCCUCUUCAUUGCCUACUAUGACCAUACAGCUGUCCUGCUCUGUCUUGUCAGCUUCUUUGUGGCCAUGCUGGUGCUCAUGGCAGUGCUAUAUGUCCGAAUGCUUGUGCAGGCAUGCCAGCACACCCGCAGCAUCACCCGGCUGCACAAGAGGCAGGGCACAGUCCCCCAGGGCAUUGGCCUCAAGGGGGCUGCCACUCUCACCACCCUGCUGGGUGUUUUCUUCCUCUGCUGGGGCCCCUUCUUCCUGCACCUCUUGCUCACUGUCCUCUGUCCUCAGCACCCCACCUGCCACUGCAUCUUCAGGAACGUCAACCUCUUCCUGGCCCUCAUCAUCUGCAACGCCAUCGCGGACCCCCUUAUUUAUGCCUUCCAAAGCGAGGAGCUCCGGAAGACGCUCCAAGAGGUGCUGCUGUGCUCCUGGUGA